AUUGAAAGAUUACGAUGAUAUUUGGAGAGACCUCAGAAUCAAAUCUCAGUUGUAUAAGCAUAUUUUGGUUCCAUCGCAUUGUGUCUACAGCGAAGGAGCCAGUCAUGCUAUUUAUGAACAUAUUUUUGCGGAUCGAAGACUACCCAGACAAUCACCAAUUAUAUACCUGAAAGCUGUCAAGAAUUACGUGGAAAUAAAAGGAAUGCAGAAUGCAAACAUUCGAGAUUCUGCAGCUGUUUGUGAUUGCUUUGCUUAUUUAGAAAAACUAAUGAAUGCCAACGAAAAAUUGAUGGAGCUGGAUAUAGUUGAACUCCUCAACGAAUACAGAUUUGAACAAAACGGUAGUUUGGGCAACAGUUUCAGAACCGUGGCAGGUUAUUCCUCAAAUGCUGCACAUCCGAACUAUGAACCCACAGUGAACACAAACGUUCAGAUUUUUAAAAAUAGCACUUUGGUUUUAGAAUCAGGAGGACAAUAUUUUGAUGGAACAACGGAUGUUACGCGUACUCUUCAUUUUGGAGAACCUACAGAUGAAAUGAAAGAAGCUUACACAAGAGUCCUGAUAGGGAUGAUUCAGCUAUCGACUUUGACAUUCCCAAGUAAUAUGAAGAUGGCAGUGGCUGAUGCUCUAGCAAGAGCGUCUUUAUGGGAAGUGGGUUUAGAUUACCUCCAUGAAACCGGAAAUGGGAUCGGAGCAUUUUUAGGGGUACAGGAAUCACCAAUAAUCGUUCAUUUUAGUUCGGAGACAAGCUUUCAACAAGUUUUCAAACCUGGAUACUUUUUGACAAAUGAACCGGGAUUCUACAGGGAAGGAGAAUUUGGUAUCAGACUGGCGAACGUCAUGGAAGUAAUUGAAAAACCGUGGCUGAAACACGGUGGUCAUACAUUCCUAGGUUUCAAAGUGGUAACUUUUGUUCCAUUCGAGCCUAAACUGAUAAAACUGAGUCUUUUGUCACAUCAGCAGAGGAAAUGGUUAAACAAUUACAACGAGCAGGUGCGACAAUUGGUCGGUGCUGAACUUAAAAGGCAAAACCGAAUGGAUGGAUUUUAUUGGAUGAUGGAAAAAACUAAAUUCAUUCCAGAAAAUGGUGGUAGAGAGCUGAACAGAAUCCAGAAUUUCCUUCUGACUGGAAUAUUUAUACUCUUCUUCGUAUAAUUGAAUAAUGUGAAGACUUUUCAAUAUUUCA